UUCCCAACUACAUGCCAUCGUCAAUCAGUAGGUCUCUGACAUCGUGUAGGAAGAAGAUACUUGAAUUAACAUGACGUCAAUUAUAUUUUCUUUCGUAUUAGCAGUUAUAAAUAUUACUUAUGCUUCCGCACAAAUACCAUCUUUAGGAAAGUGUCCACCUGUAGAAGUCGUUCAACAUUUCAACGUUGAAAAGUAUUUGGGAAAAUGGUAUGAACAGGAGAAAUACCCAACGAUUUUUGAAAUUGGUGGGAAGUGCGUUACAGCAGAAUAUUCAGCGAACCCUAAUGGCACCGUGAAAGUAUUCAAUAAACAGAUUAAUAUUUUAACAGGAAACCCUAGUUCUAUUAUCGGAAACGCUAGAUUAGACUCUGACUCUGGUGAAGCAAAACUUUUGGUCCGAUUUCCUUCAGUUCCAUUUCAAUUAGAUGCUCCAUAUUGGGUAUUGGAUACAGACUACCAAAAAUACUCCGUAGUAUGGUCAUGUUUUGAAUUGGGACCAUUUUCUGCUCGAGUCGUGUGGAUCCUCACUCGUGAUCGACAACCUUCUAGAGAUAUAAUGGAGAAAGCAUAUGGUGUUCUGAAAAGACAAAAUGUUUCGAAAGCUUUUCUCAUGAAGAAUGAUCAGAAAGAUUGUCCAGCAGAAUGAUCCAUAUUAGAAUUGUUAAAAGUCAUAUUCGAAUAAAAACGAAAUAUUUAUCAAACCCUA